ACACUUGCAUAAAAAAAUCCAUGACUAAGUUCAUGAUUAGCAAGUUUAGUGCCAUUUCUAUUCCUCGCACAAUCCAAUCGAACUCUGACUUUGCACGGUCAAUCUUAUCUAACACUGAUAGCUACUACGGCAAAAGAAAUAAGAAGAGUAGCCUAGUCUUUUCAUGGAUACUACCAAGUUUCGCCUGUGCGUCUGUUGCUUACGUCGCUUGAAAAUUGAAGCAAGCAAGCGACACGAAGAUCUGCACGGCCAAAGAGAAAACCACCUCGUGGCGAACUGCGUCCAGCUCAUAGGUAUAUAUAAGCUCUUGAUGCUCUCUCCUCUUCUUGCCCAUUAGCAUUGGACCUAUUGGUCGUUUAGUGAUCACGCUGGGAGCUGCACGUACGUUGCACUUGCACGCCGCGCAACCAUGUCCAGCCCGUCGCCGACCCCUCCUGCUCCCCCUAAUCGGCCUCCACAGCCACCUCCUUCAGCAAAUCCGCCCCAAUCGCCACCAGCUCCCCCUGAUCGGCCUCCACAGCCACCUCCUUCAGCAAAUCCGCCCCAAUCGCCACCAGCUCCCCCUGAUCGGCCUCCACAGCCACCUCCUUCAGCAAAUCCGCCCCAAUCGUCACCAACAACACCUCCGCCGUCUACUCCAACAACACCUCCACCGUCUCCUCCGGUUAUUCCACCACAACCUCCUCCAGGGAACCCUCCACCACCUCCUCCGGAGAACCCACCGCCGCCUCCUCCAGGAAAUCCCCCAUCUCCUCCUCCGGUGAUUCCCCCCACGCCUGCUCCAGCUCCACGUCCUCCACCUCCGGUGGACCCCCCUAUGCCUCCUCCAGUAUUUCCACCACCACCACCUCCACCACCUUUUCCACCACCGCCUCCUCCAGUGAUUGCCCCAGUCCCAGCACCUGGUCCGGCCCCUACUCCGAAUCCGGUACCUUCCCCAAAUCCUAGGCCUAAUCCGCAAUUCCCACCUCCUCCUCCUCCUCCUCCGGUGUUCCCCUCACCACCUCCUCCCGUGAGCCCUCCACCUCUUCCUCCCGUGAACCCUCCACCACCACCACCAUCCAGACCGAGGCCGAGUCCAACACCGUCUCCACCUCCGCCUAUUGCAAGCCCUCCACCACCCGAGGUCCAAAACUCUCCACCUCCGCCGCCAUCACCCCCACCACCACAGGCUGUCGAAGCGCCAACGACGUCACCCUCACCUUCAUCAUCCAAAAGCAGCGGGACCACAGUGGGUGUGGGCGUGGCUGUCGCCGCGGUGGUCGUGAUCGGUCUCGCGGCCGGGCUGAUCUACUUCUUCAUCGGCAAGAGGCGCCGUCGCCAACAGCAGCCUCCGCCGUCAUUGCCAGCCGAAUUCUACGACCCGCACCGGCCGCCGUCGCAGCAGCAGUCACACGCGCUGUCGCCGAGCCCCUCGUCGACGCCGCCGCUGCUGCUGCAGCCGCACUCGUUCGUGAGCAGCGGCGGGGCGUCCGAGGCGGCGUCGGCGGUGCCGGGGAUCGCGAUGAUGGGCGGCGCGUUCGGGUACGACGAGCUGGCGGCGGCAGCGGACGGGUUCUCGGAAUCGAACCUGCUCGGGCAGGGCGGGUUCGGGCAGGUGUACAAGGGGACGGUGCGCGGGCAAGAGGUGGCCAUCAAGAAGCUGCGGUCCGGCAGCGGGCAGGGCGAGCGCGAGUUCCAGGCCGAGGUGGAGAUCAUCAGCCGCGUGCACCACAAGAACCUCGUCUCCCUCGUCGGCUACUGCAUCUACGGCGAGCAGCGCCUUCUCGUCUACGAGUACGUCCCCAACAAGACGCUCGAGUUCCACCUGCACGGUAGCGGCCGGCCGGCGCUGGACUGGCCGCGGCGGUGGAAGAUCGCGGUCGGCUCGGCCAAGGGCCUCGCGUAUCUGCACGAGGACUGUCAUCCUAAGAUUAUUCAUAGAGACAUCAAGGCAGCCAACAUCCUGCUGGACUACACCUUCGAACCAAAGGUUGCAGAUUUUGGGUUGGCCAAGUACCAAGCCACUGAGCAGACCGCUGUUUCGACGCGCGUAAUGGGAACUUUUGGAUAUUUAGCUCCAGAGUAUGCUGCCACGGGCAAAGUGAACGACCGUUCCGACGUCUUCUCAUUCGGCGUGAUGCUCCUGGAGCUGAUCACCGGGAAGAAGCCUAUCAUGGUGUCUCACGGUGACCAGCCUGACACAUUGGUUUCUUGGGCGAGACCCCUGCUGGUGAGAGCUGUGGAGGAGGAGAACUUCGAGGAGCUGGUUGACCCGAGGCUGGAGAACAACUACGACGCGUACGACAUGGGGCGGCUGAUCGCCUGCGCGGCCGCCGCCGUGCGCCACACCGCGCGGUCUCGCCCGCGGAUGAGCCAGAUCGUGCGUUACCUGGAGGGCGAGCUGGCGGCGGAGGACCUGAACGCUGGCGUGACGCCCGGGCAGAGCGCGAUGCAGCGGACGAGCGGCGGCACGACGGACCAGAUGAAGCGGCUCAGGAAGAUGGCGUUCGGCUCGGCCACCGGUACGGGCACCGUCAGCGAGUACACGAGCAGCGAGUUCAGCGAGCCAACUAGCGAGUACGGGCUGAACCCGUCCACCGAGUACACCACCAGCGCAGCCGGCGGCGACACCGGGGAGGUGACGGUGGACGUGCAGAUGACGGCCGGCGCCAGCGGCGAGGCGGCCGGCACGGAGAGGCUGAGCAGGCGGACCACCGCUAGACGUGGCGGGCGGGUGUGACAGUGCGACACCGGAAUUUCGGUGCCCCGCCCGGCGAGCCCGGCGACUUUUAGCCGUACGUGAUCGUCAAGGUUGCGAUCGAAUGAAUUAAAUCAUUUUGUUCGUGUAUAUAUACACGUAAUGCUGUCACUGUAAAUUAAACUACAUUCCAAAUCCCGCGGUUGUUUCUUUGGUUUUCGAAUUCAUGCAAUUUUUGUUGGAGUGGAAGUUUGUAAAUUGUACCUACCUUCACUAACCACCCAGGUUAAUAAACAUCAAAGAUGAGAUUUGUUUGGAAGCUG